AUUUUCAUUCCCUUCACUGAACGACAUAACCUUGAGGAGGUUGUACUUAAAGCUAUAAUGGCUGCAAACCGUAAGAUUGAGGUUGAAUUUAAAGUUAAAUGCUCUGCGGAGAAGUUUUACUCUAUGAUGACUCGUGAUGCACUCAAGCUUCCAAAAUAUGUUCCUCGUAUUAUCCACAAUGUCCAAGUUGUCUCUGGAGAAGAUAAUAAACCUUUUGGUGUCAGGAUGAGAGCAAAGAUAACGGCGAUGGACCAUCAAAACAUGUCAUUAACUUUCACAGUUGUUGACGGAUAUCUCUCGGAUGAUUACACAAGUUUUUCCAACACACUUACUAUCACGACACCAACACAGAGGGAUGGAAACUAUAAUUGCGUUGUCAAGUGGUCUGUACAAUUUCAGAAAGCAAAUGAAAAUGUAGCUGAUCCAACUUACUAUAUGAAAAUGCAGGAAGAUUUAACCAAGGAAUUGGACGCCAAUUUGCUCAAGGAAGGCUAGACAAGAUUGAUCAUCUACGUAGAUGCAUGUUUAUGCUUGAUGUUUAAACAUCUAAAUAAAGUUGUAAUAUGGGUUUACCAGAUAUAUUUAUCUAAUCUAAUUUAGUAAAA